AUGCGUAUAUGUGACCUAUUUUGGCAAUUCUACCCACCCUUGAAUGCAGGGUUUGGAGAUUUGGCAAUUCGUCCCGUUUUGGGUUUUGAGACGUGUCCACUGGAUCGUCACGAGUACAUAACUGACUUCGAGUGCACGGGUACCGAUAAGAAACUGGUACACGAGUCGAUGCUCUCCUUCUACUCGGGACAUUCC